CUAAGUGCAAACGAGCCAAAUUUGAGGGUGUCCCUAUAAUUUCCUAAAAUAGAAUAAAUAAAGGUCCAGCCGAAGUCCGCCGUGCGGGCGAGCCGUACGCCGGCGUAUCCAGAGGUCCUCGAGCUCCGUCCACAGCAGAUCGCCGCUCGUUACACGCAUCUGAAAGUCCUCCAGGAAUACCAUAUCGGUCUGAUUCGACUGGGAGCAGUUCAUCACUUCAUCUUUCCCCACCGCCGCAAGACCGGUUGUCUACCCCCGAUCCGAGGGAAAAGAGCACGGCGUGGGGAGAGGGGAAGGAGGAAAAGCGGAGAGAGAGAGAGAGAGAGAGAGAGAGAGAUGGAGGGGACGAGGAAAGUAGUGGUCGCUGCCCUCCAGUUCGCUUGCUCCGACUCCGUUUCCGACAACGUCGCCGCCGCCGAAAGGCUGGUUAGAGCUGCUCAUAAGAAAGGGGCAAACAUUAUUCUCAUUCAGGAACUAUUUGAAGGGUACUAUUUCUGCCAAGCUCAAAGGGCUGAUUUUUUUCAACGCGCUAAACCUUAUAAAGGGCAUCCUACAAUUUUGAGGAUGCAAAAGCUUGCAAAGGAGUUGGGCGUUGUGAUACCACUGAGUUUCUUUGAAGAAGCAAACAAUGCUCACUAUAAUUCAGUAGCCAUCAUUGAUGCAGAUGGGACAGAUCUUGGAUUAUACAGGAAAUCACAUAUUCCAGAUGGACCAGGUUACCAAGAAAAAUUCUAUUUCAAUCCAGGUGACACCGGUUUCAAGGUUUUCACAACUAAAUUUGCCAAAAUUGGGGUUGCAAUUUGUUGGGAUCAGUGGUUUCCAGAAGCUGCACGAGCUAUGGCUCUUCAAGGUGCAGAAAUAUUGUUGUAUCCUACUGCCAUUGGAUCUGAACCACAAGAUGAAGGACUCGACUCGCGUGAACAUUGGAAGCGAGUAAUGCAAGGACAUGCUGGAGCUAAUUUGGUUCCUCUUGUAGCUUCCAACCGGGUUGGAAAGGAGAUAAUCGAAACAGAGCAUGGUGAGAGUGUGAUCACAUUCUACGGCAAUUCUUUCAUAGCAGGGCCAACUGGAGAAAUAGUGGCUCUUGCAAAUGAUAAAGAUGAAGAUGUUCUGAUUGCGGAGUUUGACUUGGAAAUAAUCAAGACACAGAGAUACAGUUGGGGGGUAUUUCGUGAUCGGCGACCAGACCUAUACAAGGUACUCUUGACAUUAGAUGGCAGCAAACCUUCUCUUUGACUUUGAUGUGUUACAUGGUACAGAGGUUGAGAUUUCAGCUUCUUUCCAGAUUGUGUUGACAUGAUGUUAAAAGUCUUGAGUGUUGCAAAGUUAUAUAAUAAGCUUAAUUUGGUACCACCAAAUCCCUUCAUUCUAGAAAUAAGUUUGAAGAAUUGAUGAAAAUAACUUGUAUCUAUUUCAAUGGUUCUAUACAUUCCGAAAAUGUUUGACAUGAUUUGGAUCUAUCGGUUUCUUUUGUAAUUGAUAUUAUGGCCUUUCUGAGUACCAUAUAAUCACUGUUUACUGAGGUUUCUUGCCAAA